CGCCGCCCAGGACCGCCGGCCGGGGGACGAGUUCGGGGCAGUAGCCAGGAGUCUCCUAACCACGAAAUCUCUCAGAACUGGGCGAAAACAGCAUUGUUGCUGGAGUACCCUCUUUCAGGUAGAACUUUAGACUUCAUAGCACUGAAUUAACCUGCACUGAAAGCUGUUUACCUGCAGUUGUUCACUUUUGUUGAGAGUGACCAUGUCUCAAGUUCAAGUGCAAGUUCAGAACCCAUCUGCUACUCUCUCAGGGAGUCAAAUACUGAACAAGAACCAGUCUCUUCUCUCACAGCCUCUGAUGAGUAUCCCUUCUACUGCUAGCUCUCUGCCCUCUGAACAUGCAGGUAGACCUAUCCAAAACUCUGCUUUGCCCUCUGCAUCUGUUACAUCCUCCAGUGCAGCUGCAGAAAGCGUAACUCCUUCCGUUGAGCUAAAUGCGCUGUGCAUGAAACUGGGAAAAAGACAGAUGUAUAAGCCUGUGGAUCCUUACUCGAGGAUGCAGUCCACCUACAACUACACAGUGAGAGGAGGUGCUUAUCCCCCGAGGUACUUUUAUCCAUUUCCAGUUCCACCUUUACUUUAUCAAGUUGAACUUUCUGUGGGAGGACAGCAAUUUAACGGGAAAGGAAAGACAAGACAGGCUGCAAAACAUGAUGCUGCUGCCAAAGCCUUGAGGAUCCUGCAGAGUGAGCCCCCACCUGAAAGGCUGGAGAUGAAUGGAAGAGAAUCAGAAGAAGAAAAUCUCAAUAAAUCUGAAAUAAGUCAAGUAUUUGAGAUUGCACUCAAACGGAACUUGCCUGUGAAUUUCGAGUCUUUCCCUCUGACACAGGUGGCCCGGGAGAGUGGCCCGCCCCACAUGAAGACCUUUGUGACCAGGGUUUCGGUUGGGGAGUUUGUAGGGGAAGGUGAGGGGAAGAGCAAAAAGAUUUCAAAGAAGAACGCAGCCAGAGCUGUGCUGGAGGAGCUGAAGAAGCUGCCGCCUUUGCCUGCAGUGGAGCGAGUGAAGCCUAGAAUCAAAAAGAAAACCAAACCCCCAGGCAAGUUACAGACAGGCCCUGAGUACGGCCAGGGGAUGAAUCCGAUCAGCAGACUGGCCCAGAUCCAGCAGGCCAAGAAGGAGAGGGAGCCAGAGUACACGCUCCUCAUGGAGCGAGGCCUCCCGCGCCGCAGGGAGUUCGUCAUACAGGUGAAGGUUGGGAACCACACUGCAGAAGGAACAGGCACCAACAAGAAAGUGGCCAAACGCAAUGCUGCUGAGAACAUGCUGGAGAUCCUGGGGUUCAAAGUUCCGCAGACUCAGCCCGCUAAGCCAGCACUCAAGUCAGAGGAGAAGACACCAGUAAAGAAAGCAGGGGAUGGAAGAAAAGUCACCUUCUUUGAACCUGGCUCUGGCGAUGAAAAUGGAACUAGCAAUAAAGAGGAUGAGUUCAGGAUGCCUUACCUUAGCCACCAGCAGCUGCCUGCUGGCAUUCUCCCCAUGGUGCCCGAGGUUGCCCAAGCUGUUGGAGUCAGUCAAGGACAUCACGCCAAAGAUUUCACCAGGGCAGCUCCAAAUCCUGCCAAGGCCACGGUAACUGCCAUGAUAGCCCGAGAAUUGUUGUACGGGGGCACCUCGCCCACCGCCGAGACCAUUUUAAAGAAUAACGUCUCUUCAGGCCACGUACCCCAGGGACCUCUCACGAGACCCUCUGAACAGCUGGACUAUCUUUCCCACGUCCAGGGAUUCCAGGUUGAAUACAAAGACUUCCCCAAAAACAACAAGAACGAAUUCGUAUCUCUUAUCAAUUGCUCCUCUCAGCCUCCUCUGAUCAGCCAUGGUAUCGGCAAGGACGUGGAGUCCUGCCACGACAUGGCUGCUCUGAAUAUUUUAAAGUUGCUGUCUGAGUUGGACCAACAAAGUACAGAGAUGCCAAGAACGGGCAGCGGGCCAGCGUCACUGUGAGUGAGGGACUCACGGAGGGUGUGGGAGGCGCUGAGUCUUGUCUGACCAUGACCGUUAUAAAAUCCCAACAUACAUACUGAAAAUGCUGAAAACUGCUUUGAACAUUGGAAUUUCUGAUACCUCCAGUGGGCUGAGACGUGGUGGGCACACGUGGGCAACAAGAAUGAAGACGACGGAGGCCACCACACCGCUCUACAAACCUCUGUCCCCCAUAGGAACAGCUGUCGGUGGGGGAGGGGUCGGCCCAGCAGUUCUGGGCUGUAGGGACCUGUGUUCUUGAUUUUUUUUUUUUAUUUCCCCCUGUGUGAGGAAAGAAAAAGCAUGACUCCUCCUCCUGCUGGCUCAUUCAGAUACUUGGGACAACCCUGGACAGCAAUGCCAGAGGGAGGCCUGCCUUCGACUGGCCCCAGCGCUGAAAAUAACAGAGGAAGUCAAAUACUUGCUACUUAGUGUGACCCAGCUCACCUGGUCCCCACGCCUGCCCACCGCUUUCUCUCCCAACAGUGAUGCCUACUCUUAGUUUCCUUAUUUCCUUUAAUUGAUACAACACUAUAUAAACUUUUCAUUUGAGACUUUCUCAAUUGUAUCUAGUUAUAUAGCACCACUUAGAAACGUGUCCGAGACUGACGUUAUCAGUAGUCUAACCGGCGAAGAUCACAACCUGUGUGUGUGGUUAUGCAUUUUUAUUUUGUCAGACUAACCCAGGACCAUGUUGUGAUGCUAACUGCGUGCCCUCUGGUUUAGCUGGAACAGUCCCGGACUUCUUUCUCAGAGUCCUUGGUGAAGUCUCCCACCGUGUAUAAAUUGGACAACUUAGGAAUUUUAAACUCUAGAUGAUCAUUUGGUCCUUUUCUAUUUUAUUUUUGUUAAUGCAACAGGACUUAAACAAAUGAACUUUGAUCUUUGUUUUAAGAUGAUUAUAAAAAUUGUGUCUGUCCAUACGGCUCUUGAGGAGGAAGCUGCCACGCUACAGGACGGAUAUGCUGGCCGUGCUGUGAGCUGCAGGCUUUUACCUGUGUGCUCCACACUGUCUACCACGUCCCGUGCAUGGAGGGCGACUGCUGUGUGAGCUGUGUCGCUCUGGUAGUGUGCUCUUGUAUGCAGAUGUGUGCGCGAGGUGAGGAGCACAGCAGGCAGCCUUGGAGUUCAGUACUGCUGCCACUCACUGUUUACGCUGGAAUGUAAGUAAAACUUAGUGUUUGUCACCAAUAAAUGGUAAUACUAAAUUUUUUUGUUAAUUUAUUUUCCAGUGCCACUACUGCUAAGGUCGAUCCCAUUCCAACUUGUCCCUUCCCAUUUUUUAAAAGACAAAAUUUGUAUUGCUUGUGAUUCCAUCUGGGCAAAAAUCUGAAGAUCUGAAAUAACUUUAUAUCAAACCAUUGAUCAAUAAACACUACUAAUGAAUUUUUGGAUCCUUUCGAGCAGUAACUAAAGAUAAAAGGGAUGAUGUGAGUGAGGAUGUGGGGGACUGGGCCAGCUCAGGACAGAUGGCUCACUGCCGACACGGGAGGGCAUGGCAGCCACUGCAGGGAGAUGCCCUGGCCUGGCUGACAAUGGCUGUUGAGGAACUCUCUCUGCAGACAUGGCCAGAGUGACCAGAAGGGAAGGACGGUGAAGGUUGUGGAAUAUUUCAGGGAUAAAAGCCGAGAGGAGAAGGCACAUACAACAAAGCCUUGUGGGCCGGUGACACACACACAGGUGCUCCUGCAGGCGCGUGCCUCUUGGAGGAAUGCGAGUGGGUGGCCCGACUGGACACACUGUUGUACCUGGUACUGCACUGACCAAGUGAUUUGGUCACUUUUUCACUAGUUACAGUGAGAAAAAUUAAUAGUUGCACUCUGGUCUUGGUGGUGGUGGUGGCAGGAGGGGACAUGACACCGACCGGUUUCACAGCAUUGCACCUGGUACGGAGCUUGUGUGCCAACUUCACAGGGCUGGUGUCUCAGAAUUAGCUCUUCCUCCCUGUAAGAUGGGGACAGUCAGAGCACGCGCUCAACUGCUCACUAACACCAUAUCUGGGAGUUUUCUUUGUAGUGUUUUAGGAAAAAAAUGA